GUGGGUGGGCACCAGUGAUGCAGGUGGGCGGGCACAGGUGGGUGGGUAAAGGCCACACACUGGGUACUGCAUCAGUGUUACUCUGGCCCUUGUGCCGCUAACUACCCGCGCUGCUGCUCUACCUCGCCCACCCGCCUCAGCAAUUCGCCUUCACUGCAAUUUAAGCAUCACAAACAGCCGGAAACAAACUAUAAGCAUGAGUGGUACACGGAGAGCUGCACUGCUGCUGCCGCUUCUGCCUCUGCUGCUUCUUGUGGCAUUGCUGAGGCUGGCCACCUGCUGCCAGUACAGUGCCAUCGACCCCAGGCACACCAUGUGUGCCUUCCCUGCUGCCCAGUGCCCGGGAAAGAACCUUCUCAGAACCGGAGGGUUGACCUGCCAGGAUAAGGAGACCAUCUUGGAGAUCCACAACUCGCUGCGCCAGAAGGUAUCUAUGGGUCACGUGCGUAACCAACCUCCAGCACUCAACAUGCGAGCUAUGGUGUGGGACGAGGAGCUGGCCACAGUGGCCCAGCGGUGGGCCGACCAGUGUAUGCCUGGCCAUGACCGUGCUAGGAACGUGGCUCGCUUCCCCGUGGGUCAGAACGUGGCAGCGGCUUGGACCUACGACAGAGACGAGGGAGACACACCAGACUUCGCUACACAAGUGGAGGCUUGGUUCAACGAGGUGAACCAGUACGGCUUCUCCAAGGGCAGCGUUGACCCCUUCAGGUUCAACAAGGCAACGGGUCACUACACACAGAUGGUGUGGGCAGAGACCUAUCUAGUGGGAUGUGGCUACGCCUACUACAAGGACCCAUCGCUUGGCUACACCAAGAUCUACGUCUGUAACUAUGCCCCAGGUGGUAAUGUUAUUGGAGGAUCCAUGUACAAGCUGGGCUUCCCAGGUCAACCUUACUGUGUGAGUGACAGUCUUCAACCUUCACCUGUGUACCAGGGCUUGUGUGAUCGCGAUACAGUAAGCAAGCCAGGUCCGUGUGGCAAGACCCCGUCAGCGUCCUCCCUGACACACCACCACCACAACAGUAUAUCAUCUGCAGGAGCUCACUCCAUCAUGAUGUCUCACCCCGCCCCUAACAUGAUGAUGCCCCACCCCGCACCUCACCAUCCAAUGAUGACCUCUCAUGAAUUCAUGGAGCACGACGACCAUGACAUUAUGAGACCUGGAGAUUUCCUGAUGAAGGGUAUCCAGGAACCCUUCAAGGGGAUCAUGAAGAUACUCAACCCUUGGAACAUUAUCAACCGCUUCACGAGAUAGACGUAGGUCUUUGCGUCCUUAUAACGUCAAACUCAGCGCCCCGGCGUCCACCUCACAUAAAACUCAGUGUCCCGGUGCUCACCUCACAUAAAACAGUGCGCAAACGUCCACUGCUUUUUGAGAUCCUCGCUCUCAAAUCAUUCUCGUCGUCAGUAGUAACUAGCAUUUAGUACUUUAGUUCUUAUGAAAUUGUAGUGCCUUAGUCAGGGUGUUUGUCGAGUGAAAUGAGCGAGUGACUUCAAGAGUGUUCGAAUAUUGUGAGGUGAGGCACAGUUAGCCAGGCACUGGUUCCUGUGAGACAUAAACACACGUCCUGUGAGGUACAAAUAUAAGGUACACAACAUAUGGCAUUAUGCUGUUUACUGUGGAACUAAAGCACAUGUCUUGUUUCCUGCUGACAGGACAAUUACACUUCGGGAAUCUCAUGAAAACCUUUAUUUACGAGACUCUGGUAGUCCUCGAAACAUAUAUUUAAGAAGGAAACGCAUUUAAAACACACUUAAUAUAUUAAUUUACAAGUGUGACUGACAAUACAAAGGUUUCGUCAUUGAUUUUGAAUAGUAGAGUAGGUUGCUUACACGUGCGUUGUGUGUUUAUAUAUGUGUAUGUAUGAGGUGGUACUACGAUAGUAAAUUGUCUUCUAGGAAGACGUAAUCUUGUCAUAUAACAGUCGGGUUGAUCAAGCUAUCUUGUGGUGAGUCAGGGUCUUGCCAACCCUGCCACCUGGUCUCUGACCAGUCCUAUUUCUAGUAACCUUGAACGAGUCAGCGCCUAUUAUUGUUUAUUCUGUAAUAAAUAAUUGAUGCUUUAGCUGAUCAGGCCUAUAUACUGUUAUCUUAAAUCAGGCAGUAAAACAGUGAUUUGUUUUGAAAUAAAUCACUUAUAAGUUAUGUUGCCAGGCCUACAUGUUAAGAUCUUGAAUCAGAGAGCACUAAGAGUGGUUUAUUCUGCAAUAAAUCAAAGUUGAGUGCACCACAAGGUAAAACAUGUGAAGAACAGGUAUCAUCAGGAUUAUUAUCUUCCUGCACCGGCUGACUUACUGUGAUAAUAGUGUACGUUGGGAAGAAGACGCGCGUGUGCAAUUAUAUAAUAGGAUAUAUCAUAUAGGAUAUACCUCAGAAUGGUUGAGCAAAAGCAAACAGUUCAUGACCUUGAGAGUUUGGAUGAGUGAGCAAGUGGGAGUAUAAUUGUUAGUUGGGUAAAGUAGAAGUGAGACCAGCCAGCCGCCUCCAUCAGUGGUCGGCUCCUAUAUUAUAACUAUAAUAUAUCGCGCAGACGUUAUUAUUUUUCUACGUAUAUAUAUAUUUUAAUAUAAUCUUAUAUUAUGGAUGUUAUAGAAUAUAAGGAUUUAGUGUCAUCACGGAUUUUUUUUAAUAAAUUUAUUUCAAAAUUUGUGUGAUAAAAAUUUAAGGUGAUAAAAGGUGUGUGUUAUCCUUUUUUUCCAUUAUAAUCUUCGAAAAAUUGUACUUUGGUGAGUUUUUCUGCUUACAGUGAGAAAAAUUUAGGACUUCCCUAAUCAAAAUUGAAACUAUUAAAUGCAUAAUAUAAUAGUACAUAUAACAGUACAUUGUUAAGAAUACCAGUCAGUAAAUGUCAGGUGAUUAGAAUUAGUGACAAUAUUAAUAACCAGUUUUUCGACUGUGUCGACAAAAAAUAUUGAAUUUACAAUAUCUGAAAUUUUUUUUUUAGUUUUUUAGAGGUUAUUGAAGAGGGAAAUAUUUUAGAAUAGUUAUAUUACUGCUGAAAUAUUAUUAAGAACUUUAUACAAUAUUACCAAAAAUAUUUGUUAAAUAUCAAAAAAUUAAAAACUUUUCUCAAAUUAGUUUCUUACAUUAUGAUAUUGUUAAUUAUUAAAUAUAAUAUUUCGUGUCAUUUAUUUGAAAAUAUAUGAUCAAUAACUGUGAAAUUUUUUUCAUAAGAAUUAUGUACUUAUUCAACAAAUGAAGGAAUAAUAUAAUAUUUUAAAAUUAGUGAACAGUGUAUCCCUGGCUCAGUGAACAGUGUAUCCCUGGCUCAGUGACCAGUGUAUCCCUGGCUCAGUGACCAGUGUAUCCCUGGCUCAGUGACCAGUGUAUCCCUGGCUCAGUGAACAGUGUAUCCCUGGCUCAGUGAACAGUGUAUCCCUGGCUCAGUGAACAGUGUAUCCCUGGCUCAGUGACCAGUGUAUCCCUGGCUCAGUGACCAGUGUAUCCCUGGCUCAGUGAACAGUGUAUCCCUGGCUCAGUGACCAGUGUAUCCCUGGCUCAGUGACCAGUGUAUCCCUGGCUCAGUGACCAGUGUAUCUCUGGCUCAGUGACCAGUGUAUCCCUGGCUCAGUGAACAGUGUAUCCCUGGCUCAGUGAACAGUGUAUCUCUGGCUCAGUGACCAGUGUAUCCCUGGCUCAGUGACCAGUGUAUCCCUGGCUCAGUGACCAGUGUAUCCCUGGCUCAGUGAACAGUGUAUCCCUGGCUCAGUGACCAGUGUAUCCCUGGCACAGUGAACAGUGUAUCCCUGGCUCAGUGAACAGUGUAUCCCUGGCUCAGUGACCAGAGUAUCCCUGGCUCAGUGACCAGAGUAUCCCUGGCUCAGUGACCAGUGUAUCCCUGGCUCAGUGACCAGUGUAUCCCUGGCUCAGUGACCAGUGUAUCCCUGGCACAGUGAACAGUGUAUCCCUGGCUCAGUGAACAGUGUAUCUCUGGCUCAGUGACCAGAGUAUCCCUGGCUCAGUGACCAGUGUAUCCCUGGCUCAGUGACCAGUGUAUCCCUGGCUCAGUGACCAGUGUAUCUCUGGCUCAGUGAACAGUGUAUCCCUGGCUCAGUGACCAGUGUAUCCCUGGCUCGGUGAACAGUGUAUCCCUGGCUCAGUGACCAGUGUAUCCCUGGCUCAGUGACCAGUGUAUCCCUGGCUCAGUGACCAGUGUAUCCCUGGCUCAGUGACCAGUUUAUCCCUGGCUCAGUGACCAGUUUAUCCCUGGCUCAGUGACCAGUGUAUCCCUGGCUCAGUGACCAGUGUAUCCCUGGCUCAGUGACCAGUUUAUCCCUGGCUCAGUAACCAGUGUAUCCCUGGCUCAGUGACCAGUGUAUCCCUGGCUCAGUGACCAGUGUAUCCCUGGCUCAGUGACCAGUGUAUCCCUGGCUCAGUGACCAGUUUAUCCCUGGCUCAGUGACCAGUGUAUCCCUGGCUCAGUAACCAGUGUAUCCCUGGCUCAGUGAACAGUGUAUCCCUGGCUCAGUGAACAGUGUAUCCAUGGCUCAGUGACCAGUGUAUCCCUGGCUCAGUGAACAGUGUAUCCCUGGCUCAGUGAACAGUGUAUCCCUGGCUCAGUGACCAGUGUAUCUCUGGCUCAGUGACCAGUGUAUCCCUGGCUCAGUGACCAGUGUAUCCCUGGCUCAGUGACCAGUGUAUCCUUGGCUCAGUGAACAGUGUAUCCCUGGCUCAGUGACCAGUGUAUCCCUGGCUCAGUGACCAGUGUAUCCCUGGCUCAGUGAACAGUGUAUCCCUGGCUCAGUGAACAGUGUAUCCCUAGCUCAGUGACCAGUGUAUCUCUGGCUCAGUGACCAGUGUAUCCCUGGCUCAGUGACCAGUGUAUCCCUGGCUCAGUGACCAGUGUAUCCCUGGCUCAGUGAACAGUGUAUCCCUGGCUCAGUGACCAGUGUAUCCCUGGCUCAGUGAACAGUGUAUCCCUGGCUCAGUGAACAGUGUAUCCCUGGCUCAGUGAACAGUGUAUCCCUGGCUCAGUGACCAGUGUAUCUCUGGCUCAGUGACCAGUGUAUCCCUGGCUCAGUGACCAGUGUAUCCCUGGCUCAGUGACCAGUGUAUCCCUGGCUCAGUGAACAGUGUAUCCCUGGCUCAGUGACCAGUGUAUCCCUGGCUCAGUGAACAGUGUAUCCCUGGCUCAGUGACCAGUGUAUCCCUGGCUCAGUGACCAGAGUAUCCCUGGCUCAGUGACCAGUGUAUCCCUGGCUCAGUGACCAGUGUAUCCCUGGCUCAGUGAACAGUGUAUCCCUGGCUCAGUGACCAGUGUAUCCCUGGCUCAGUGAACAGUGUAUCCCUGGCUCAGUGACUAGUGUAUCCCUGGCUCAGUGAACAGUGUAUCCCUGGCUCAGUGACCAGUGUAUCCCUGGCUCAGUGACCAGUGUAUCCCUGGCUCAGUGACCAGUGUAUCCCUGGCUCAGUGACCAGUGUAUCCCUGGCUCAGUGACCAGUGUAUCCCUGGUUCAGUGAACAGUGUAUCCCUGGCUCAGGUGACCAGUGUAUCCCUGGCUCAGUGAACAGUGUAUCUCUGGCUCAGUGACCAGUGUAUCCCUGGCUCAGUGACCAGUGUAUCCCUGGCUCAGUGACCAGUGUAUCCCUGGCUCAGUGACCAGUGUAUCCCUGGCUCAGUGACCAGUGUAUCCCUGGUUCAGUGAACAGUGUAUCCCUGGCUCAGUGACCAGUGUAUCCCUGGCUCAGUGAACAGUGUAUCCCUGGCUCAGUGACCAGUGUAUCCCUGGCUCAGUGACCAGUGUAUCCCUGGCUCAGUGAACAGUGUAUCCCUGGCUCAGUAACCAGUGUAUCCCUGGCUCAGUGACCAGUGUAUCCCUGGCUCAGUAAACAGUGUAUCCCUGUCUCAGUGAACAGUGUAUCCCUGGCUCAGUAAACAUUGUAUCCCUGGCUCAGUAAACAGUGUAUCCCUUGCUCAGUAAGCAUUGUAUCCCUGGCUCAGUAAGCAUUGUAUCCCUGGCUCAGUGAACAGUGUAUCCCUUGCUCAGUAAGCAUUGUAUCCCUGGUUCAGUAAACAGUGUAUCCCUUGCUCAGUAAGCAUUGUAUCCCUGGUUUAGUAAACAGUGUAUCCCUGGUUCAGUAAACAGUGUAUCCCUUGCUCAGUAAGCAUUGUAUCCCUGGUUCAGUAAACAGUGUAUCCCUGGUUCAGUAAACAGUGUAUCCCUUGCUCAGUAAGCAUUGUAUCCCUGGUUCAGUAAACAGUGUAUCCCUUGCUCAGUAAGCAUUGUAUCCCUAGUUCAGUAAACAGUGUAUCCCUGGUUCAGUAAACAGUGUAUCCCUGGUUCAGUAAACAGUGUAUCCCUGGUUCAGUAAACAGUGUAUCCCUGGUUCAGUAAACAGUGUAUCCCUGGUUCAGUAAACAGUGUAUCCCUGGUUCAGUAAACAGUGUAUCCCUGGUUCAGUAAACAUUGUAUCCCUGGUUCAGUAAACAGUGUAUCCCUGGUUCAGUAAACAGUGUAUCCCUGGUUCAGUAAACAGUGUAUCCCUGGUUCAGUAAACAGUGUAUCCCUGGCUCAGUGGAGGAUCACAUUAGCUUUACGUAUAUAUAUCAAUAAAGUUCAUAUGAAAUCACCAGCAUUAUUUCUCAGUUUUGAAAAAAAAGAUUAUUUUAAUUAAUAUUUCAUCUCAGUAAACCUCAUUUUAAUUCAUACAUAAUUAAAACAAAUACAAU